UCGCCAUAGGCUAUUUUCUACAAGAAAAUCGAAGGUACUUCUUAUAGUAUUUUUACUUCUUCUUUUCUCAUCGUCGGAAAGAAUUAAAGAAAAAACUCUUCAAAGAUGUUGCCGGGUAUGACAUUUUCCAGUCUUCGCAAACACACUGCGCUCAUCCCUCUUUUUGCAUGUAUUAUCGUCGGAAGUAUCGGCUCGGUGGGCUACCUGAUGAGGCUGGCCUUGAAAAAUCCCGAAGUGGCCUGGAACAAGAGAGGUGACCAAGAGCCCUGGAACGAAUAUGAAAACAAGCAGUACAAGUUCUACUCAGCUUCAAACUUUGACUACAAAAACUACAAAUCUCCAGCCCCAGAAUAUUAGAAGAUGAGAAGAAUAAAUAAAUUGUAGAUAUUUACUUCUAAAAUUGAUUGGAAAUAAAUUGUAAAUUAAUAUUUGUUGUAAUAUUUCCGAUAUAUCCAUUUUGUGCUUUUUACCUAUCUUGUUCUGCAGUUUUGUGUAUUGAAAAUUAAAUAAAGAGCUACCUAACUGACA